UUCAGGUUAUUUCCCCUCAAGAAAACGACUUGCCGUAUUACGAGAGAGAGAGAGAGAGAGAGAGAGAGAGAAUCAGAGUUGCUGCUGCAAAUCUGAUUGGAGAAGUAACAAAUCAUCGAAGCUGGAGAAAAAGAAUCGAAGCUUGAAAUCAACCGUCUUUACAGAUCGGAAGCCAAAAUGAAUCCUUGAAUCAAAACCCUAGGUUUGCCUUGUGACGUAAAGCUUCAUAUAAUUCAAAAACAAAAGAGAACUACAGCUUUGAAGCGAAGGAAUCAAAGGAUGACUGAGGAACUGGAGGAAGAACCAAUAGAGGACCCUGAUGAAGAUCCUGAAGAGGAUCCUGACGAGGAUCCAGAAGAGGAUCCAGAAGAGGAACCUGAAGAAGAUCCAGAAGUGGGCCCUGAAGAAGAUCCAGAAGAGGAAUUAAGUGUUGGACCAGAUGAAGAGUCAGAUGAGGAAACUUCAAAGUGUGUUUCUCCAGUAAUGUCUUACUGGAAAUAUGAUGAGUCCAAACAACCAGUUGAGGAUCCAGAUGGGAAUGCUGCAAAAGAUUUUGCUCCUGAGCUGUCUUCUCAGAAUGACGCUUGUGGAACUUAUCACCAAUCAGGAUCUGAUCACAACUAUUCAGAAGAAAAGAAGAGAUCAUUGAAUGCAACAACAUCUGAUUCAGAUCCGUUGCAAGUUUAUCAGUCACAAAAGAAGUUCAGACAGGAGGAUGCAUUUAAAGCAAAAUUAGAUGUUGGGACCAUUGUUACAGAUUUCCAUGGUAAAUCUGUAGUUUCUGAGGCUAUUUUGAAUGAUGAAAGUGUUGCUAAACUACAGGAGCAUGGUGGAAGUUCUGGAAAACGAAGGCGUAGUAGAUGGGAACCUCAGCCUGAACAAGAAGGGGAAACUGGGGAAGGCAACGUGGCUAGUAAAAGAAGGAAAACCAGGUGGGCUAGUGAUGUCUCACAGUUAAAAAUGCUUGGCCCAAUUCAACUUCCAGACUUCAUGGAAGGCUUUGUUGGAUCUGGGUUAGAUCCAAAGAUUCAGAAGUUGAAAUUAAGCCUGUCAGAGCUAAACAGUAAGCUGCUUAGUUCAGAUUUUCAUGAUGACAGGCCUGAGGAGGAAAGAUCUCCUUCUCCCCAACCAGUGUACAACAAUCUUGGUAUAAGAAUAAAUACAAGGCAGAUGAGGGUUCGUGAGAAACUAAUAAAACAACGCCAAAAAAUCAUUUCAAAGUUGGUUAAGAAGAAUCCAACCUUCAAAAUUCUUCCUGAUUACAAGCCACCAAAGCUCUUUAAAAAACUAUACAUACCGGUGAAAGAAUAUCCUACAUAUAAUUUUGUUGGCCUUAUAAUUGGCCCAAGGGGAAACACACAAAAGAGAAUGGAGAAGGAAACUGGAGCUAGGAUUCUACUGCGGGGUAAAGGCUCUGUGAAAGCACCACAGAAACCUGAUACCUCUUCUGAUGAUGAAGACUUGCAUGUUUGUAUAGAGGCAGAUAACCAGAAGUCUCUGGAUGCAGCUGUAAGAAUGGUUGAGAAAUUGCUAAUCCCAAUAGAUGAAGGAAUGAAUGGACACAAGCAAGCCCAACUGGUGGAGCUUGCAAAACUGAAAGGAACUUAUAGAAAUGAGAACAUCUGCAGUGUGUGCAAGGAGGAAGGACACAAGCACUAUGCCUGUCCCCUCCGGCAAUCUACUUUUAAAAUGGAGAUCACCUGUGCAAUGUGUGGAAGCUUUUGCCAUCCCACAUCUAGUUGUCCCUUUAUUACAUCACCUCAGGUUGGCACCACUUUGUGCAGUACUGGGCGUGGCAGUGGUUCAGUUCCUAACACAAAAAGGAAACCCAACAAAGAAAUCAAUGAUGCAAGCCUCUAUGUUGGCUAUCUUCCUCAAGCUGUUGAUGACAACCAGUUGAGAGAGCUGUUUUGUUCAUUCGGUAAAAUCACAGAAGUGAAAGUAAUUAAAGAUCGAAGCACAGGUUUCAGUAAAGGCUACGGCUUUGUUACAUUUGAAAGUCCCAUUGAUGCUGCCAUGGCUGCGACACAUAUGAAUGGGCACAAAAUGGAAGGGAAGAUGCUAGCAGUAAGGGUGGCUGGCCGGCCACCACCUGCAGGAUUGUCAAUCAUGAGCCAACUUCCAAUAUACCCUGGACCUGCAGCUAUUUCUGCUAGUGUCCCAAGCCAGACAGCUUGGCCUGGCCCACCUGGAUCGAUGCUGCCUGAAGCUCGAGCUACCUUUCCAAAUAGUGAGGACUUGGGUUUGCCUUCAUCCUCUAUCUCAUUGGGACACGGUAAUCACCUUCCUGCAAGUGAGGCCGUAAAUAUCUUUCCUUCUGUUGUCUCAGGCAACAUGAGUUCAAAACUGUCUACCAGGUUUGAUUCGUUUUAUGGAUAUCCUAACCAAAUCCCAUUCUCAUCCCCUGGAUUGAUGUCACAAUUUCCUGCUGCUCCAGAUUAUCCUCCUGGGUCCCAAUUGCCAUCAUAUUUUGCUACACCAGUACAGAAACCAUCUUCAUACCAUUUCAGUAAGACACCUGAGAGUAUCUAAUGCCCCAUUUCUUUGUCGUUCUCUUAGCUUCCUUGAUGAAAAAUAGAAUUGUGAAACCUCAAUUCUAGAACAAUAAUGUUGUUGCACUUGCAGAAAGUGUAAGAGUGUUGCUUCCAUAUGGUGAGUUGUCUUUUUUCUUUUUCUUUUUUCUUUUUUGGAAAGGAAACAUUUGUAAACCAAAUUUAGCAUUUUGAAGUGCCGGGUAACAAACUCCUCACUACUGUAGCAGCAUAUCAUCAGAUAAGUAAUAAUUAAGGAUACAAGGAGCUGCUACGUGAAACAAAGUGAGCCCUACUUCUCUAGUGCCAACUUGUCUGAACAAUUGUUGCCUAUAUGAUAAAUGUAAUUAAUUGUUGUUAUGCCUA